AUGGAAAGUGAAGCCAAGAUGCGCGAAUUGGAGCGCAAGAUCAAGGAGUCCAAGUCGCUGGUGCUGCGUGAUGACUUGCGUCGUCGUCGACGAGUGUUGAGGAGACUGGAGUUUGUGGAUAAAGAAGGAGUUAUCCAACGGAAGGGACGUACGGCGUGUGAAGUCUCGACGACGGACGAGCUGCUGGUGACGGAGAUGAUCUUCAAUGGCCAAUUCAACGACCUGUCGGUGAACGAUGCGGUGGCGCUGCUGAGCUGUUUGAUCAACACGGAGAAGAAGAAGGAGAGCGACAAACCUCCUCAAGCUGAGAGUCUGGAGGUCCCCGUUCGACAACUACGUGAGACGGCGCAGCGUAUCGCCAAGGUGAUGCAAGACGCCAAGAUGACGAUCGACGUGGACGAGUAUGCGGGUGCGUUUAACACGAACCUGGUGGAUGUGGUCAUUGCCUGGUGCCAAGGAGCCAAGUUCUCGCAGAUCUGCAAGAUGUCGGACGCGUUUGAAGGCACCAUCAUUCGCUGUCUACGUCGACUAGAAGAGCUGCUGCGUCAGGUGACACUGGCUGCGCACUCGAUUGGUGACGUCGAACUGGAGAAAAAGUUCGACGAAGGAGGCAAGAAGCUCAAGCGCGACAUCGUCUUUGCAGCUUCUCUUUAUCUGUAGUAUAAUAACUACCGAGACAUCAAUGCAGAAUUUUUUUUUUACUUUUUGCUAAAAAAAA